UUGUUUCAUUUUAAUUCAAUUAAUCCACAUUUAAUCUUGAAGAAAAAAAAACUAGACAUCUGGUAUUCCCACCAUACAUUUCUCGGUUUAUUUUACACACUUUUUACUUUACAGCUUACACUACCAUAGAUUAACACAAUGAAUUAUGUGGUUGAAGUGGGCUAUCAAGUAUCAACAGGAGUUUGAACGCUAACUUUAACAAAUAAAAAAUAAAUAAGUUUAAGAAAUGCAAACGCGAUGAUGUUAUUAAAUUCGCUAUGAAAGUGUACACAUAUUGAUUUAAAAUACACGUAAAUAUUAAUUUAAAUGUAAUCAUGUGGAAAUACGUCUCACGGCGUAUACGAGAUACCUUUGAAAGAAGUGUAGCCCAAUUUGAGAACCGUAGCACUGUUGGUGUUGUUAACAGUUCGAGUUCAUCUGAUGAAAAAAGUCUAUGUACUCCAUCUCGUUGGUUUUCAUCUUAUAAAUGCUUGAGCUCGUGUAGGAAUGACGGGACAAACAGCAAACGAUGGAAUUUUGAGCACAGAACUUGGAUUGAUGCCAUUACAUGGAGCAGUGGAUUAAUAAUUGGCUGGUACACAAGUCAGCUGAUUCAUAUAAAAUACAAAUACCACAGUAAUCAGUAUCAAAAGAAAUGUCCUACCUUGUCACAUAUUGUGAAUAGUUUACGGCCAUAUUUCAUAUGUUCCAUAAACAAUGGAUUUCAUCAAACUUCUCCAGUUAGAAUUGAGAAAAUUAUCAGUACAUUUACUCCUUCUGUCCAUUCCAUUUCUAAUGAAAAGAUUGAAGAAAGUGAAGAAAAUUUAACUGAAAGGAAAAAUUCAAGUGAAAAUGAUCUGGGACAAGUCUUAAAUUCUAUUGAGAAUCAGCUGGGUUUAGCUGCUAUAGAAAAUGGACAUUAUGAAGAUGGACUCAAUCUUCUAAGGUCAGCUGCAAAUCGUGAUCAUGCACCAGCACUGUAUAAUUUAGGCUUAUGUUAUGAAAUGGGUCUGGGAGUGUCUGUUAAUGAGAAAAUGGCAAUGGAGUUAUAUAAAUCGGCUGCGACAUUGCAUCAUCCAGGCGCUCUAUACAACUUGGGUAUUUAUUACGGCCAGGGUCGAGGUGGGCUUCAGCAAAACUCUGAAACGGCUACGCGUUUGCUCCGUCUUGCCGCCGCUCAAGGCCAGAAAGAUGCUGUAGAAGCAUUAAAAACGCUCAAUUUGAAUUCUGUAGAGCCACCAGCCGAAAAUCACGCGGACACGCGUAUUUUGCUUCAUAAUUAUUCAGCACAAAAUAAUCUUUACAUACCAACGCAGACAACUCUUUUUGUUGACAACUUUAAUCAUUUGAAACACCAAAACUAUAGAGCAACAAUGUGCUAGUAGUACGUAGCAAACGUAUUUAAAGAUGAAAGGUGCUGGGCUAUAUAACAAGUUAGCGAACUUGCUACCGUUGUAAUUGUAUACUACAACUACAACUUUGUUUUGUAAUGUCUUUAUUAUUAUAGAUGACGAGCAGUAUAAAACACAUCGCAAUGUGAUGAUUGUAAUGAAACUGGAUCUGACUAACUGCCACAUGCUUAUGUUUCAAUUGUUAUAAAGCAAUUCAAAAUUAGGUUCAAUUUUAAAUGCCAGAAUAAACUUCCCUAAUAAUUUGAUUAAAUUAUUUUUUUCAUUAUAACAAAAAACCGCCGAAUAUAAUGAAAAUGUCCGUUUCGACAUUUGAAUAAUAAAUUGUAAAUUUAUCUCAUUGCGAAAAAAUCUUGAAUAAAUAACUUUGAACAAA